AUGCGACGUGGCAUUCUGGGUGGUAAGGCUGCAGCGGACCAGUGGGUUAAGGGAGGGUUCAAAGCCAAGAUGGACCGCAAGGAGGCCAUCGAGAUUCUGGGACUCAAGGACGGACCUCUACUGCGCAACAAACUAAAGGAUGCCCACCGACAUAUUAUGCUUGCCAACCACCCAGAUCGUGGAGGGUCGCCAUACCUCGCAAGUAAAAUCAACGAGGCAAAGGAUCUCCUGGAUAAAACAGAGGGACGUGGUCGCUGA